CAAUGUCGGCGAUUGUGUGCAGGCUCUAAUCUAUCCUCAGCUUCUGACCACCAUCAUCUUAUGUGCAUAACCUCUGCCUCGAGAAGUACGACGGGAGGUACUUACGAAACGCGUCGUUUCACACAAUGGUGAACAUUCCGAACGUGGUCGUCCUUGCGGCUCGCGUAAACAAGCGCGGCGGCGUCACCGAGCCUGAAGAACAGCCACUCCGGUCUUUUCGAGCUGCACGACUCGUUGACGACUCGAAACGAUCCCUUUUCCUCUCUACCUCGAGAGAGGGCAACGGAACAGGAACACCACGCAAAACAGACCUCGAGGACUGGAUCGCAAAUGGUCUUCAACUGCAGGGUGCUCGGUAUACUUGGCUAGGGUACAGCGAUGGCCACUUGAAAGCCGGGAAGGUCGUAUUUUUCCGCGAAGACACAGAGUGGACUGUGGCCCGCUUGCUUCACAAGAUCGGUGAUGUCCAUGAGGUGUACCGCAAUCACAGCUACGGCAAGUAUGCUGCGCGCCUAGCUCUCUCCUUCUCCUCGACCGUAGAUGCCCAAGACGUCAGCAGCGAACGCGCAGUGCUCCUAGAAGAUCUACGGGCUCCAGAUGGGUCAUUGCAUACCGACGGUUGUGGUAUGAUUCGGGACUCCUUUGCUCGAGAAUUGUGCAACAGUCUGCACAUACCCGAGGACACCUCAGUCUUCCAAAUCCGUCGCGGAGGCACGAAAGGAGUACUCGGGCGAUACCCAGACGAAGACUUCGAACGUCUCUGCAAUACUGAGAACAUAUUAGUCGACAAGAGUAGCGUUGGCCCAGAAAUCGUCAUCGCAUUUCGCCACUCAAUGUUGAAGUAUCGAGGUGGCCCUACGACACUGGAAAUCAAUGACCAUUGCAGCCGCCCAAGUUCCGCGAGGCUCAAUGAAUACAUUAUACUGCUUCUCAUAACCCUCGACGUACCUCUGGAUGUUUUUCGCAAACUGCUUUUAAACCAACUCGAUCUCAUCGGGGCCAUUGCCAACGAUCGAGACAAGGCAUUGAAAGCAGUCAGAGGAGAAUUGGAUGCUUCCUCUACUGCCUUUUCUCAAGACCUCUACUCUUUGCUACUUGCCUACCACGACCUAAGUGAACCAUAUGUGCAGCACAAAAUCAAAGCCUUUCAGCAGCAUCAAUAUAGCGUUCUGCGCGACAAGCUCCACAUUGCUGUUGAGGACUCCGCUUAUUUAUUUGGAAUCGUCGACGAAUAUGGGCUGCUGGAGGCCGACGAAGUGUUUGUCAACAUUCCUGGUCGCACCGGAGUGCUUGCAAAGCCGAGGGUCAUGGCUUACAGAAACCCAUCGUAUUCACCGGCAGAUAUACGCGUAUUCCGAGCUGUGUAUCGCGAGGAAUUGAAACAUCUCACCAAUUGCAUAGUGUUUUCGAGGAAAUCGCAACACUCUGUUCCGGACACCAUGGCAUCGGGGGACCUAGACGGUGAUCAGUACCUGGUAGUGUGGGACUCUGAUCUAAUACCCAAGGCCCCUCCUCCUCCUCAACAUCGGCCGCUCUCAGCAAGCGCGACAAGUAGCAACAACCAGAGACGGAACGCAGACGCAGCCUUUAAACAGGCCGCUUUGCAAACGUUCAUCGAUCACCGAUUUAAUGGUUUCUUUGGCCAAAUGGCUAACCAAUGGAAGCAGCUUGCUGUAUCUACCCCGCAAUUGGCAAACGAGCACCACACGCGGGAGCUGGGGAUCCUCACCGAGUCCGCCCUGGAUGCACUCAAAUCUGGCGCGGACAUGCAGAAGUUGAGACGCAGAUUCAACGACAUUAUCAAGGAAGCGCGCAGCGUUGCGAAUCGUGACCCUGGCUUCAAGAACCCGCUGGACUUGUUGCGCGAGCUCGUCCCCCGGAAGGACGGAGCCAAGAUGUCUUUGUUCACCUGUGACAGCGCACUGGUUAUUCGAGACCAGGACCCAACGGUGUGGGACGACGCACUACAGAAUGCGCCUCCCGCCAUGGAGGCAUUUAACCGAGAACUUCAACAAGCGAUAGCCAAGGAUAGCGAGUCGAAAGACGGAGAGACAGAGAAGAGGAGUUUCAAGAACAAUCAACCGAAGUACGCUGAGAUCGUCACAGCGCGCUACCGCGAGCGUUAUUUCGGAGGCGGAACUUUCGCGGAGAUGUACGUGGAGAGAAUGAGGGCUUCCGCGUGGUACGUCUACGGCUAUCGCCAGGGCAAGCAAGCAUUUGCGUGGCUUGGAAUGAGGUACCUUAAUGAGAUCCGCGCUGGUAGGCCGUUGUCAUCGCCUCAUUAUGCCACAUGCUGACCUCGCUGUAGUGUGGUCCAAUGACGGAAGGCCUGUGCUUUACAUCGGAUCGGCCAAUCGGCCAAUGAG